UAGCCAGCUAGGGACACAUAUGUAUGCUUCAAUGAUGAGAGGCACGUUCAUAAUCCUUGUGUUUGCUGUGGGAACUUGGAUCAGUUCUGCUCAUGCAAGGGCUUUGAUAGGAACUAAUCCAAGGGAUCAAUCCAUGAGGAUAAUCAUAUUUGGAAGGUCCUCAACCUCUGCUGCUAUCUUGUCCCAUCAGACAACAGUUGAUGAUCCUUCUUGUACGGAAAGUUCUCCUCUGCCUCCAAGCAAAUCGCCGCCACUACCCCCUUUUACUCCUCCACCUCCAGACCCAGGACCUUCACCUCGACCGUCUCCUAGGCCAACGACAUACCAUGGUAUUGUAACUGGUGGUGGUAGUCUGCGAGUGUCCAAUGUGGCUUCAUUUUGAACAUCAAAAUCAAGCCGUUCAUAGAUGAUGAGGGUGGGCCGUACACCUUCUAUUAUGUAUUUGCUGGUUUAAUUAGAAUAAGGACUAAGCUCUUUUCUAAUUUACUUUAAUUAGAAUCAUGUUUAGCUUAAUCAUCCAGUUUCACUUUGAAUGCUAAAGCCAUUCAUCAACAUGUCCCCUAUGGAAUAUUCUUUCUGUUAAGCAUGGUCGAAAGAUAGUAAUCUGGGUUUUAUUUUAGAGAUAAGAAGAAUAAAGUAAAGCUCAAUAUAUUUCUCUGAAAAUGUUUUCUUACGCAAUGAAUGAAAAUGAUCUGUGUUAAAAGUUGUUAAGUUUAAUUAGUUUUAAUUAAAUAAAGCUGACAUAGCCAUGAAGAGACCAAGUCAAGCUGAAGUCCUAGAAUAUAGAAGUUGUGGUUUAGUCUGUUUACCACGUUCAAAUUUGCUUCCGUUGCUUAAGGUAGUUGAACUCCACAAAAUCUGCACUUGUUGUGUUAGUGGUUAUUGUGGAGAUUGUUAUUUUGUAAGCUUUGUUUUUCAGAUAUAUAUAAGAGAGGAAAACUGCCGUA